AUAAGAUUGAAAUGGCGAAACUUGCUUUGUGUACAUUGCUAAUUAUUAUUUUAAUAACAUUUAGUUAUGCUGCUCCUACCGGACGUGUUGUAGGAGGUGUAGACGCUACUACUGCGCAAUUCCCACAUCAGGUUUCUUUUAGAUACAACGGUUCCCAUAAUUGUGGUGGAUCGAUUAUAACAAGGAAUUAUAUUCUAACUGCAGCGCAUUGCGCGGGAACAACGAAUGCGAAUGGAACAUACUAUACUUACGAUCCGAGCCUUUUGACAAUUCGAGCGGGAAGCAACGAUCGUUUAAGUGGUGGCGUUUUAAUUCGAGUAGCUGCGGUUGUCGCCCAUGAAAGUUAUGGAAAUUUCUUAAAUGAUGUUGCUUUGCUUAAAUUGGCCGACCCUUUGAUUUAUUCUAAAAAUAUACAACCGAUAAACAUAGCAAGUAGUGAAACACCAGCUGGUCAGGAAGUUAUAAUAUCAGGUUGGGGACGUUUGAAACAAGGUGGAGAUUUGCCACAGAAGCUACAAUGGAACACUUUGACAGCUAUUUCCCGCAGUGAGUGUAAGGAAAAAAUUAAUUGGGAUAGUGACGCGUUGAUCUGCUUGGGUCAUGCCGCUAAUAAUGGUGCAUGUAAUGGCGACUCCGGCGGCCCAGCUAUGUAUAAUAACGAAGUAGUCGGCAUUGCUGGCUUUGUUUAUGGUGGUUGUGGUACAAAUAAUCCUGAUGGUUACGCCAAGGUCUACUAUCAUCGUGAUUGGAUAAAGAAACAUUCUGACUUAUAACUAAAUACUUGGAAAUAACACUGAGUUUAUUGAUUUUUUAUACAUAUGAUUAUUUAAAGGUCUACAUAAUGAAAGA